CAUGAAUUACAACUCUUUGGUACCAUCAUCCCUCUGCAAUUAACCAAAACAACUCUGGAAAAAGCAAACACUGACGCCACCAAAACCACCGCGUUUCCCUUAAUUUCCAAAGGCAACAUUUCCAGGAAAUACACAUAGCGGAAGACAACCCUACUUCCAUCAUCUUCUUCAUAAAACCUUCAGCAAAUGUCAUAUUUAAACCCUCAUCCGCCAUUGUUGAAUGCUUACUGCUUACUCCACACAACCUCAAUAUAAAACCACCAUGAACCGUCUCCUCUACGAGUCUGUUCUAAAGGGUGAUCUCAUCACCUUCCUCAAACUCGUUCGAGAAAACGAAACCCUGAUCACAGAGAGAGUGCUGGAGUCUUUGAACACUGUGUUACACUUAGCGGCUCGAUUCGGGCACCUUGAAUUGGCUUCGGAGAUAUUGAGAUUGUGUCCGGAAAUGGUUUUGGCGGAGAACGUGGACCUGGAGACGCCGUUGCAUGAGGCUUGCAGAGAAGGUCAGGUGGAGAUGAUGAAGGUGUUAAUAGCGGUGGAUGAAGGGGUGGUCGGAAAAGUGAAUUGCAGAGGUGAGAGUGUGUUUUUUGUGGCGUGUGAGAGAGGGAGGAUGGAAGUGGUGAAGCAUUUGAUAGAGUUUCAAUGGCUUCUGAUGCAUGAACUCGAUGCUUUUGUUUGUUCUAUCCAUGUUGCUGCUGCUGCUGGACACACAGAAAUAGUGAAGGAAAUAAUCAAGGUGAGGCAAGAGUUUGCAAGAAAAGCUACUUCACAAGGAUACUCCCCUUUGCAUUUGGCUUGUAGCAAAGGCCAAAUAGAUACAAUAAGGGAGCUUCUAGAUUUGGAUCAAGACCUAUCUUGCCUCCAAGAUCACAAUGGUUGGACACCUCUACAUUGGGCAUCCAUGAAAGGGAGAGUCGGAAUCAUCGGUGAGAUAACCUCCUCGAGCCGUGAAUCGGUUGAUAUUGUCACCAGCCAUGGCGAAACCGUUCUUCAUUUGGCAGUUAAGUACAACCAGUUUGACGCUUUAAGGUACUUAAUGGAAACCCUCAAUGUCACUGAGCUCAUCAACGUUCAAGACAAUGAUGGAAACACCGUGUUACACUUAGCAACAGUCGCAAAACUCACUACGGUGGUGACAUAUCUACUUAAACGUGGAGUGGAUGUAAAUGCGAUCAAUCGUAAAGGCCAUACAGCUCUCGAUGUUGUCGAAUCCGAUGGCAGCAACUCCGCUGCUCUCCAAAUCGUUCCAGCCCUCUUAGAACAUGGAGCAAAAACAUGCCACCAAUUGCCUCGAACCUCUCGAGAUAUCCAAGAACACCAUUUUAUGAUCACACGUUCAAGAAAACAACACAAUAACAUCGACUCUCCAACUCAACACUACCGUCGUUACAAAAGGAAACGGUCGAAACAAAUCGAACUUCAAAACGAAGGCCUCCGAAACGCUAGAAACACCAUAACAGUCGUCGCAGUUCUAAUAGCAACCGUCACGUUCUCAGCCGGAUUAAACCCUCCCGGAGGAUUUCAUCAAGAUUCCGGCAAGGCAACAAUGGGAACAAAAUCUCCGUUUAAGGUGUUUCUUGUCUGCAACAUUAUGGCAUUGUUCUUAUCUUUAGGAAUCGUUAAUGUUCUUGUGAGUGUGAUUCCCUUUCGAAGGAAAUCGAUGAUGAGAGUGUUGGUAGCUACACAUAAAAUCAUGUGGGUGUCGACCAUGUUCAUGGCGUCGGCCUUUAUUGCCGGAAUUUGGACCAUUUUGCCGGAAGGUUCAGGAUCACGGUGGGUGACGAUUGAAUUGAUGGUGAUUGGGGUUGGAUGCAUGCUGGUGGUGCUUUCAGGGUUAAGCGUUUUGUUGGUGAAACAGUGGUCGAGAAAACAAGAAUGGCGGAGAAGAAACGAGAAGAAGAAGAUGAAGGCUGGAUCGCCGAAUGGUAGCGUCAAUAGUCGCGUUGAUGAACUGCAUUUUGUUAAGAAUUAUAGUCGUGAAUCUUCUAGUAACUCGGAUAUUGAUAGUUCUGAUCAUGGUUAUCAUGUUUACUGAUCCACCAUUUUUAUCGUUUACUUAAUAUCUUGAUAUUUUGUACGAGUUCGUAGUAGUUAUUUCUGUAAUUGUUGUAUAUAAAUAGCAGUUAUGCAAAAUCUAC